AUGCUCAGGAUAUUAGAGAGGGUCGUUGAGGCCAACACCGGAACUGAGGGCCAAAGAGGUGUCGCUGGAGUCACCCCUGACGUGGCCGAGUAUUGGAUGGAGGCCACAGAGAGAAUUAUGGACGAUCUGGAUUGUACCGCUGAGCAAAAGCUUAAGGGGGCUGUUUCAUUACUUCGCGAUGAGAGUAAGUAUGUAGAGGCCAGCUACAUUGAUGCCAAGAGGCAUGAGUUUCUUAAUCUCACCCAAGGAGACCGCUUAGUAGUCGAGUAUGAGGUUGAGCUCUUGAGAUUGAGCCAUUAUGCGCGAGGCAUGGUGGAGACUGAAUACGAGAGAUGUAUACAUUUUGAGGAUGGUCUUAAGGAUAAUCUGAGGGUGCUGAUAGCUCUGCAGAGAAAGCGUGAGUUUACUAUUUUGGUCGAGAAGGCCAAGAUUGCUGAGGAUAUUAAGCACGCAGAGUACUAG